GACGCGGCUUCUGAUGCGUGAAAUACCCUGUCCUGGGAAGUUGGAUCCGUCGUACACCUUAUCAGCUCCUCGCCACAUCACCGCGUCCUUGCAGAACCCUCUUCCAACGGCUCCAUCCCAUCACACACCUGCCACGGGGCAUUCAGAGCCAUUUGGAGGCCAGUCUUCCAUUGACCGGGUCGUUAGCAGGCGUCACGGUCAAGAUUGCGCCGUGUCUUAGGGCCAUCUCGUCGACCGGCUCUUUGCGCCCGACAUGAGAAUCCCACCGACGCCCUCCUAAACCGCGAAAACUCCCCAUCACCACAACACCUGAGAUCAUCCCGACUCAGAGCGUAUUAUGACCGACAUCUCAUCAUUGAUGCCGCAUGCUGACUCCCAGCUGAACUCGAUUCCCCCCUUCGCGUCCGCGUCCGCUUCCGCCCCUUCCGACCCUCCUUCACACCCCGACACCAAUGGUCAAUUCCCUCAGGUCGACGGCGUGGCCGAAGGCGAGGAAUCCUCCAUCAUCAAGUGCUUCUGCGGCUACCUGGACGACGAUGGCAAUACCGUGCUGUGCGAGGUAUGCAACACGUGGCAACACAUCGAGUGCUACUACCCCAACGUCGACGUUCCCGAGGAGCACUUCUGCCUCGACUGCUCCUCGAGUCCCCAGGCCGUCGACGUGAAGGCCGCCACCGAGCGCCAGCGCCGCCUCCGCGAGCUGCAGAGCGUCGAGGAGCGGAAGGCCCGUCGCGCGCCCGGGAAGACCCAGAAGAAGCGCGCCAACGUCAAGGAGUCGGGGCCGCCGUACAUCAACGGAUGGACGCACGAGGGAAGGGAACGCGCGAGUGGAAGCCCGAAGGAGGAACCGCCGUUAAAACGACCGAAGACGAGCCAUCGCGCGUCCGGAUCGGUCAGCUCGUUGAACCAGACGCGAAAACGAGCCGGCUCCGGGUUGCCGGCGAAGCAGAGUCCGACCGUCUCGCCGCCGACCCUCAACGGAUAUUCCGGCGAUUACUUUUCACCCGAAUUCAUGCAGUUACAUCGUCAGCAGGCGGCGUUCUCGCCCAUCGAAUCGAACUCAUACACCGGCUUGAACAUUCCCGAUAGUCUACAUAACUGGUUGAAGGAUCCGGACGCACUAGGCGACGCGACGCACGGGAAGACGCCGGCGGCAAUCUUCCAGCGGAUCGACACGCCGUUCGAGGAGUUGGAGAAGCAGGCACCGAGCAUCACAAAACAUAGCGUGGAAGAAAAAUCCAUCACGGUGCAAGAUCAGCAUCCGAUUCUGCAAUGGUUAGCCAUCGACUCCGCCGUCCCUCCGAACGCAUACGUUGGCGAGUUAAAAGGCCGCAUCGGACUGCAAGACGAAUAUUUCAACGAUCCGUCGAACCGAUGGGACGUCCUCCACCACCCCGAGCCGUUCGUGUUCUUCCCCCCUCACCUUCCGAUUUACAUCGAUGCCCGAACUGAAGGCAGCCAGCUUCGGUAUGUGCGCCGCAGCUGUCAACCGAACCUUCGCAUGCAGAUCAUCAUCGCGGACGACACAAACUACCAUUUCUGCUUCGUGUCGAAAUGCGAGAUCAACGCCGGCGACGAGUUAACGGUGGCAUGGGACCUCGACGAAAAGACGCGCCAAAUCCUCCAUCAUUCUGUCUCGAACGGCAACGCCCGAAAAGAAGGCAUCCACGGUGCCGACGACGCAUACAUCUCCCACUGGGCGACGGGCGUUCUGGUGAACUUCGGCGGCUGUGCCUGCACGCGCCCCCAAGGGGUCUGCUGGCUGGAGCGGUUCGACCGUCGGAACAACCAGCACUGGAAAGACGCGUCGACGACGCUGAAGCCGAAGGGGAAGAAGGGGAAAAAGGGCGCUAACCAGGCGUCCCCGCUCAGCACAGGGCAUGCGACGAACAGCCGUGCCGGCAGUGAAGCGAUCCGCGACGAGCCAGACGAGGAGAACGGCGACGGACGCUCGGCCACGGGCUCUUCGAAGAGCAAACCGGCGAGCCGCGACAUCACGCCGAUGAUGCAUGUCGACGGGAUGAAAAACGAGCUCUCGGGCCGCGACCGGAAGAAGCUGCAGGACGUGGAAAAGCUGUUCAAGCAGCAGGAAUAUGAGGAGCAGCACGGCCGCAAGAAGAAGCGCAACAGCGGCGGCUCGGCGCUCAACACGCCCACCGUCGCCACGUCAAGUAGUCGCUCCGACGUCAGCGAUCCCCGCCGCCGCGGCUCCUCCGUCAAGAAGCAAUUCCCUGACUUCGCCCACCCGUCCCCCACCGCCUCCACCGCGCGAUCGCCUUCCCACCUCCCCAACGGCGUCGCGCACGCCCCCUCCCCGCUCCACCCCGCCCGACUCAAGCAUCCCCGCGCCGAGUACACCAGCAUGUCGACGCAGACGGACCCCGACGCCAGCGUGUGGAUCCCCUCCCCCGUGCGCGCCACGCCCAAGGGACCGAUCCUCUCCCGCAAGCGGCGCCUGCUCGAGCGCGCGCGCCGCGACCGCAUCUGUCGUCUGGAGGCUAGCGAAAGUCAAAGUCAAAGUCCGCACAUCCCAUCAACGGCGUCAUCGCCGACGCAGAUUAAAGCCGAGCCCGCCGCGACCAAAGAUGCCGAGUCCGACACGGCGAUGCCGCCGCCGCGGGUGCUGUCCGAGCCUGAUCCCGCGUCGACGAGCGUGCCGGAGAUCGAGAUGCCGGACGUCGACGACACCAACGGGGACGGGGAUGGGGAAAAUGUAAUACCACCCCCCACCGAAUCCGAACCCGCACCACGCGAUCCGCCCCCGUUACCUACCGCCGCGAUCGUGACCACGAAGUCCGAAUCGCCACAUCCCCUCGCGCCACCCUGGCCAUCCGACAAAGCGCCUGCCCCCUCCUCCGACCAAACGGCCCCUCCCCCAUCCGAAUUCUCCCCCGUCAUCUCCCCGCGGACCGCCCUCCCUCCCCUCCCCACAAUCGCCACCACCAUAUCCCCCGCGCCACCGCAUCCACUACCGACGCCCUCCCCGAGCAUCCUCCCUACGCUCUCCACCACCACCACCAACUCCACCACCAGCAAUUCCACGACCCAAACCCCCUCCAACGCCAACUCCACCUCCAACCAUCUCACCGACUCCCCAUACACCCUCCCUCCCCUCCCCCCACUCCUCUCCCCCUCCCUCACCCACGCCCUCGGCCCCUCCCCGCUCAAGAAGAAAAUGAGCCUGUCCGACUACACGAAUCGGAAGAAGAAGGCGGCGGGGGCGGGGGCGGGGAAACCGAGUCGAUGGUCGGAGGGGGAUGGGAAGGAGGAAGGGAAGGAGGGGGAUAGAAAGGAGGAGGAGGAGGGGAAGGAGGGGGAGAGAAGGGGGGAGGUGGAUAGUCCGAUGAUGGAUGCGGUGACGGAGGAGGGGGAUUCGACAUCGACGACCCGGGAGGCGAAAGUGGAGGAGGAGGAAGGGGAUGCGAUGGCGGUGGAUUGAACCCCGGAAUUUCCUUGAAAAGUCCCCACCCGAAGGAAGCAUGGAUGGAUGGACCGACGAACGGAUCCAUCCAAUGACGAAUCAUGUACUACCCUCCUCGUUUUGCUCGAAUCACUGGUUGGCUGGCUUAGUAGCGCCACCGUCCGCAGUCAGUCCUCACAGAGACUAUGUUCUACAUCUGUUGUUUUGUUCGGUUUUCUUUUAGAAGGGGACGGGACU